AUGGCAUUUUUUCAAGUCCAAUCCAACAAAGCGACCCCAAAACACACGGCUGACCCUGCUUUGCAGCCUUGGGUAGAGAAAUACCGACCAAAAACUAUAGACGAUGUUUCCGCACAAGAACACACAGUAGCAGUGCUGAGGAAAACGCUCACUUCCACAAAUCUUCCUCACAUGUUGUUCUAUGGGCCACCGGGGACAGGGAAAACAUCUACUAUCCUCGCGUUGUCUAGACAGCUAUUCGGACCAGAUAACUUUCGGAACAGGGUACUCGAGCUUAAUGCAUCUGACGAGCGUGGAAUCAGUAUCGUAAGGGAAAAGAUAAAAAACUUCGCUCGCCAAACGCCCCGAGCACAAAUGGUCGCGUCCGACGGCAAAACAUACCCUUGUCCACCAUACAAAAUCAUCAUCUUGGACGAAGCAGACUCGAUGACUCAAGAUGCUCAAGGUGCAUUGCGUCGCAUAAUGGAAACAUACGCGCGGAUUACUCGGUUCUGUCUAGUAUGCAACUAUGUCACCAGGAUCAUUGAACCACUUGCAUCGCGUUGUUCCAAAUUUCGAUUUACUCCUUUAGAUUCAUCCUCCACCUCUUCUCGCCUUUCCCAGAUUGCUACAGCUGAACACGUUGUCUUGGAACCCGACGUCAUUUCAGCCCUCAUAAAUACUUCUUCAGGAGAUCUUCGCCGUUCGAUAACCUACCUUCAAUCAGCUUCUCGUCUUUCCGCAUCGACGAAUCCACCAACGCCAAUCACAGCAGGCGACAUUCAAGAGAUAGCAGGCGUAGUACCUGAUGCUGUCGUGCAUGAUUUUGCUAAAACAUUGGGCGUUGAGAUUGUUGGAGAUAUGGACGUAGACAACGAUGGGCGGAAAAAAACACGAGGAUUUGACGCUGUCCAAGCGAAAGUGAAAGAACUAAUGCGGCAAGGUUACUCCGCAUCCCAGAUAGUUUCACAGCUGCACGAUAUCGUUAUACUUCAUCCCACUUUGCACGCUCGACAAAAAUCAAUAUGUGCACUCGCUUUUGCGGAAGCUGAUAAAGCUAUUUGCGAUGGGGCCGACGAAGAACUCUGGAUUCUUGAAGUAGGGUUACGGAUUCACAAAGCAAUUUCGUCUGACUCGUAA